AUGCGCGCCACGCUGCGGCGCUUCAGCAGCUCGUCCGGCCGCGCGACUCUGGCUUUCGAUAUGUACGGCACGACGUUUGACGUUAAGGGCCUCGGCAGCAUGAUGCGCGCUAUGCCGGCCAUCGACGCAAAGGAGCCGGCCUUCAACAGCAUGUGGCGGGCCAAGCAGCUCGAGUACACCUUCCGGCGCACGUGCAUGGAUGCCUACAGGCCGAUGACCGUGGCCACGCGCGAAGCGCUCGACUUUUGCUGCGAGAUGUUUGACGCGGAAUUAUCUGAGGAGGAGCGAGAGCGGCUGUGUGGCGCCUACCUCCUUCUGCCGGCGUUUGCGGACUGCAAGCCCGGCCUCGACCAGCUCGCUGCGGCGAACCACCGCUGCUACGCCUUCUCCAACGGGACGAGCUCAGAC